AUGGAGAAGAUCAAGUAUACAGCAUUAUCAUUGAGUGAGAAAGUAAAACACAUUCGAUGUGUCGAGAAAGGAGUUAAAAGGAAGAAGGACAUUGCUGCAGAUUUCAAGAUUCCCGCCAACUCUCUGACUUCUAUCAUCAAGAACAAGGAGAAGAUUUUGGCUGCUGGUGAUAAUUCUUGUUUCCAACCGGAUCGGAAACGCAUGAAGACACCUCAUUUUUCAUUUGCUGAAAAAGCUGAAUUUUUUGCAGCUCACUUAGGAUGCAAAGACUUGAAAGCUAGCUCUGGGUGGUUAGAAAGGUUUAAGAAUAGGAAUGGAAUAAUCUGUAGGGCAUUAAAUGGCGAAAGUGCUUCUGUUUCGGAAGAAGACUGCAAAAAGUUUCUCACCGAUAUUUUGUCUAGCUUGUUAGAAGUUUAUUCAAUAGAGGAUAUCUUCAAUGCAGAUGAAACAGGUCUUUUUUUCAAAUGUUUACCAGAUAAAACUCUGGCAUUUAAGGGCGACACUUGUCAUGGUAGUAAAAAAAGCAAAGAUCGUGUUACUGUCAUGGUCUGCGCUAAUAUGUCUGGUAAAGAAAAACUAGAGUUGCUGGUAAUAGGCAAAUCUAAGAAUCCACGUUGUUUCAAUGGAGUCAAGUCUUUACCAGUGCUUUACGAGAACAAUAAAAAAGCUUGGAUGACUAGUUCAGUAUAUGAAGACUGGCUUUAUAAAACUGAUCACAAGUUUCAAAGAAAAAAUCGGAAAGUUCUCCUACUUUUGGAUAAUUGUCCGGCUCAUCCGAAAGUCUUAAUUCAAACUUUGAAAGCCAUGAAGGUGGUUCACUUACCAUUAAAUUUAACUGCCAAAUAG